AUGUCGUCGCCGCAACUGCUACCCGGCGGGUUCACCAACAGGGGCUACUGGCUCUCCUCCUUCAAGGAGCCAGGCAAGGUCGUCGACCUGCCGACCCCACAGGCAGGGCCAGGCAGCGCCGUCGUGCAGGUCGUGGCGACGCUGAUCCUCCCCUACGUCGCGAAGGUGCACCGCGGCGAGAUCCCACAGCUCAACCUGGCGCUCCCCCUCGUGCCCAACGCCAACUGUGUGGGCCGCGUGCUCGACGUUGGGCCCGACGCCGCGCGGAUCCGCCCGGGGGAUUGGGUGUGGGUCGACGGGACGGUGCAUGCCCGAGACGACGCCCUCGUCAAGAUCGUGCAGGGCCACCAUGGCGGGGAGGGCCCCGAGGGAAGAAAGUUGAUGCAAGGGGAGUGGCGGGACGGGAGCAUGCAGAAGGUCAUGAAGGCGCCGCUGGAGUCGUGCCACCUCAUCAACAAGGAGUACCUCUUCGGCCAGGAGGGCCACGCGCCCGAGGAGCUCACGCCGAUCAUCCUGUAUAACAUCGCCGGCGGGGCGAUAUUCGAGACGGCCAAGGUGCAGGUCGGCGAGACGGUAGUCAUAGGCCCGGCGACGGGGAGCUUCGGCGGCGCGGCGGUCGAGCUGGCGCUGCUGUCCGGGGUCAGGGUGAUCAUGCUGGGGCGGUCCGAGGGGACGCUCAGGACGAUGAGGGAGAGGCUGGGCAGCCCGGAGAAGCUGCAGUACAUCGCCAUGAGCGGCGACGAGGACAAGGACGCGGAGGCGAUCAGGAGGCUGGCGCCGGGGGGAGUGGACGUCUUCAACGAUUGGACCCCGGGUUGGUUCGAGAAGCCGCUGUACCUCCCUGCCGCGCUGAAGACGCCCAACCCGUGGGCCCGGAUCGUCCUCAGCGGCGCGCCGUACGGCAAGCUCGAGCCCCCGUACAAGACGGCUCUCCAUCUUGACUGGCAGAUCCUGGCACGAUGGGCCAACACGCGGGACACGCUUGUCAGGAUCGUAAAGCUGAUCAACGAUGGUGUUCUGAAGAUAGGCAAGUCUGGCGGGUCCGAGUUCAAGACCUUCGACACAAUAGAAGACGUGGAGGGUGCGAAGGAGCAUGCUGCCGACGGGGGACGAUUCAAGUCUUACACGAUCCUGAAGCCAAACGGAGAAGUGAAACCACCGCUGAAGUAG